CCCCCUCCGCCCCACCGGGGCCAGUCGCCGCCGGCAGCCGCGGCGCAGCCCGGUGCGGUGCGUCCCGGUAGGCUACGGGCUGUCCCAACCCGGUGCGGCUCAGCCCCUUGCGGGACUAUCCCGAUGGAGACGGAGGGUUACCGGUGCCGUAGCAGCCGGUACAUCGAGGGAGGGCAGUCGGCGGUGCCCAGCUCGGUGCUGUUUGCCGCCGGGCUGUUGGGCAACGUGCUGGCCUUACUGCUGCUGGGCCAGCACCGGCGCCGCUCCCGGUCCCCCGGCGGCCGCCCGCCGCGGGUCUCCGCUUUCUACGUGCUGGUGAGCGGACUGGCAGUCACCGACCUGCUGGGCAAGUGCCUGCUCAGCCCCAUCGUGCUGGCAGCCUACGCCUACAACCGCAGCCUCAGCGAGCUGGGGCCGGGCGGGCGCAGCGAGGGCGAGCCGGGCGUCCUCUGCCAGCUCUUCGCCUUCCUCAUGGCCUUCUUCGGGCUGGCCCCCACCCUGCUGCUGCUGGCCAUGGCGCUGGAGUGUUGGCUCUCCCUGGGGCAUCCCUACUUCUACCGACGGCACUUCACCCGGCGGCUGGGUGCCACACUGGGGCCGGUGGCGGCAGGGCUCUGCGCCCUUUUCUGCGCCCUGCCACUACUGGGCUUCGGGGUGCCCAUGCAGUAUUGCCCCGGCACGUGGUGCUUCAUCCGUAUGGCCGGUGGCGGGCCGCGCCACCUCAGCUUCCCCGUCCUCUAUGCCAGCUUGAUGGGCCUGUUGGUGCUGGCCAUCGGUGCCUGCAACGUGAGCAGCAUGCGGCACCUCUACAGCAUGGCACGGCGGCAGCCCCACCGUGGGCCCGCUGCCACCGCUGCCCCGCAUAUGGAAGAGCUCGACCACCUCAUCCUGCUGGGGCUCAUGACCGUCCUCUUCACCAUCUGCUCCCUGCCGCUCAUCGGUUUGCCGGAGGCUAAAUUCCCGGAAAGCCACCCUGAAGGGACCUGUCCCGGGGGAGGACGGCCAGUUCUGUCCCCUGGGCUGGCGCAGGACAGACACCCCACAGCUUGGCUUCCCCUGAACCUGUGGGUCUUGCAGAAGCUGGCACCUGCUGGUGAGGACGAGGAGCAAGCCUUCGGCCCUGUACCCCUGCCCCGGAGCAUCCUGAGGCAGCAUGGGGCUGGCGCAGGCAGGGAUGGCGUCCGGCUUGCAGUGAGGGGCAGGCGUGAAGUGUUUCUGCACCCUCCCCAGGCUGCGUUUCACCCCAGAGAGGAACCUUGUGGGGGUUCCUGGAUACCUGUGAAUAUUUCUGAGCAGCAGCACUUUGUGGAGGGUUUGGGGAGCACCCGGCUCCAGGAAAGCAGGAGGGUUUUGGCGUGUGGCUUCAGGGCAGUGGGGACGCACAGGGCGGAGAGGGGGUGGGUGUGUGUGUCCAUCAAAUAAAAGUGGUUCGGAGCCCUGCUCUA